UGAAGAUCUAAUCAGAUGGAACUCUGACACCCCACCAGAUCUUUGGAUCCCCGCCAAAAAAGAGUCGAGCCGCGAUCGGGAAGACAUUUACGUGCAAGACUAGGUUUUUCCAAUCACUCUCUUUUCUCACAACAACAAAAUGGCAGUCACAGAGCAGGAUACCCAAGUGUCUACGCUUCGCAAUAUUCUGACCUCGGAGUCGGAGCCCCUCGCCCGCCGCUUUCGCGCUCUUUUCUCUCUCAAGCACCUUGCAGGUCUGCAGCCACCCAGUGCGCAGACGGUCCCCGCAAUCGAGGCCAUCGCUGCCGCUUUCGCAUCGCCGUCAGCUCUGUUGAAGCAUGAACUCGCCUACUGCCUGGGCCAGUCUGGCCAUGAUGCUGCCAUCGCACCCUUGAGGGGCGUACUCGAGGACAAAGAGGAGGAUUCCAUGUGCAGGCACGAGGCUGCCGAGGCGCUCGGUGCACUGAGCGACAAGGGCAGUCUCGAGCUGUUGAGGGCGUUGAGGGACGAUGUUAAGGAGAUCGACGUUGUGCGCGAGACUUGCGACAUCGCCGUUGACCGUAUCGAGUGGGAUCAUGGACUGCAAAAGGGACAGGAGAAGUUGAAGAAGAGUGACUUUACGUCCAUCGAUCCUGCGCCGCCGCUACCACAGGGCGCUGAGAAGCCAUCGAUCCCAGAGCUAGAGAAGACACUGCUAGACACGUCCCUGCCAUUGUUCCAGCGCUAUCGAGCCAUGUUCGCCCUGCGCGAUCUCUCCUCGCCGCCCGACCUUCCCACUGCCGUCCCGGCUGUACAAGCGCUCGCUCGCGGAUUCACAGAUCCAUCUGCCCUCUUCCGCCACGAGAUCGCCUUUGUCUUUGGGCAGUUGUCACACCCAGCGUCCAUCCCCAGUCUUACAGAAGCGCUCAGUAACACAAAGGAGGCAAGCAUGGUCCGACACGAGGCUGCCGAGGCACUUGGAAGUUUGGGCGAUGAAGAAGGCGUCGAAGACACCUUGCGCAAGUUCUUGAACGACCCAGAACAGGUAGUACGAGACAGUGUAGUUGUAGCGCUUGACAUGGCAGAGUUCGAGAAGAAUGGAGAGAUGGAGUAUGCCAUCGUGCCGCAGGCUGUGGCAGCUUAGAACCGAAGGUAUUGCAUACACAUGGCGUUUUGGGUAUAUAGAAAUCAACAUGGCCACCAUAGGCAGAACAUCCGCUUCAGUUGUUGGUAUUCCACCU